AUGGCAAUUAAGAGAAACCUAAUGAAAGAGCAUCAAGAAACGAUCGUCCUUGAGGGCACGCCUACCAAAUUAAGUAUGAAAUGUUGCAAGUAUGAACAAGGUUGCCCAUGGAGGGUUAGGGUAAUAAAACCAACAUACGGUGAAAAAUGGAAGGUUACUAAAUGGGGUGGAGACCACGAUUGCUUGAAUGAUCAUAUUUCUCAGGGUCAUAGACAGCUUGAUGCCCAUGUGAUUGCUUUACUCGUACUAGGAAUGAUACGAGAGGAGCCAUCAGUCUCAAUUUCACUUGUUCAGGUGAGGAUCACCCAUGCUAUAGUUUCAAAGUUUCUUAUAGAAAGGCAUGUCAUUCAAGUCAAUGGCACUCAUUUGUAUGGAAAUUAUAAAGGGAAAUUAUUGAUUGCCACAGCUCAGGAUGGAAAUGCUGAAUGUUUGCCAUUAUCAUUUGCAAUUGUUGAAGGCGAGACUUUGGAAGCAUGGCAGUACUUCCUUGAUAACAUUCUUCAUCAUGUCACGCAAAAGCAAAACAUAUGUCUCAUUUCAGAUCGGCAUCGAAGCAUAUUAUCUGCUGUGGAAAGUCAUCGUGGUUGGCAGCCACCACAUGCCCAACAUAUGUUUUGCCUUCGCCAUAUUGCAAGUUAUACUCCUUCUAAGGUUGAUUUUGAUAUAGCCUUCGCAAAAUUUCGUGACAUUAGUCCUGAGAUUGCAGAUUGGAUUGAUCAGAUUCCAAAGGAAAAGUGGAUGCGGGCAUAUGAUGUCGAUGGACUUAGAUAUGGACAUAUGACAACAAACUUGUUUGAAUCUGUUAACAGGGUUUUGAAGGGUGCAAGAAACAUGCCAAUAACUGGUUUGGUUAAGUAUACAUAUAGCAAGCUAGUUCAUUAUUUUGUGGAAAGAGGUCAAGCGGCAGCAGCACAACUUCAUGCUUCACAUCGUCAUUGCAAAAAUAUAGUUGAAGCCAUGAAGUUUAAUGAGUCCCUUGCAACAGGUCACAAUGUGCGUACAUACAAUGUUGAUGAAACUGUAUUUGAAGUGGACGAGGGUUAUGAGAGGUUAUAUUCUGUCAAUCUUCCACAGAAAUAUUGUCAAUGUGGAAAGUUUAAGGCUUUCAAGUACCCAUGUAGUCAUCCCUAUGCGGCGGCAUUAAGUGUUCGGCGGAAUACGUUUGGAUAUGUGGACGAUGUGUUCUUGACAGAGAAUUUGGUUCAUGCAUACUCAUUUUUGUGGCAGCCAAUUGGUAAUGAGGUUGUUAUUCCACCUUCGGUAGGUGCAGUUAUCAUACCCGACCGAUCUAUGUUGCGUGCAAAAGGCCGUCCAAAGUCAACUAGGAUAUACAACGAGAUGGAUGAAGUUGAAGCCAGUCAAAGUCGAAUUAAGUGUGGUCUUUGUAAGCUACCUGGGCAUAAUCGCCGCUCUUGUCCUAAUCAUUUACCUAAUCAGUGA